CAAAUCUAUUACAUUUAUUGAGGUCCAUGUAUAGAUAGUGUGAAGUACAAUGGAUUUCCAGAACAGAGUAGGGAGCAAGACAGGAGGGGGAGGGGUAGCCUCCUUCUCCGAGUCUAACAGAGACCGGAGAGAGAGACUCAGACAGCUGGCUCUUGAAACUAUCGAUCUUAACAAGGAUCCCUACUUCAUGAAGAACCAUCUGGGUAGUUACGAGUGUAAACUAUGUCUGACUCUUCAUAAUAACGAGGGAUCCUACCUGGCUCAUACUCAGGGAAAGAAACAUCAGCAGAAUCUAGCUCGGAGAGCAGCUAAGGAAGCGUUAGAAAAGGAGCAGAACAACCAGAGCAUGUUACCAGCUCCAGCUAAAGCUAGGGUCAAAGUUAAAACCUUCAUUAAGAUCGGGCGACCAGGUUACAAAGUCACGAAACAAAAGGACACCAAGACUGAUCAGCACAGUCUCCUUUUCCAGAUUGAUUACCCAGAGAUCGUAUCGGAAGUGGUCCCCAAACAUCGUUUCAUGUCCGCGUACGAACAGCGUAUUGAACCUCCAGAUAAGAAGUGGCAGUAUCUCCUUUUCGCUGCUGAACCUUACGAGACUAUUGCUUUCAAGAUACCCUCCAGAGAGGUUGACAAGGGAGAGAAGAAAAUGUGGACACAGUGGAAUCCACAGACAAAACAGUUCUUCCUCCAGUUCUACUUCAAGGAGAACAUCAAGGAAGCUAGGUUGGCACUGAAAGCAGAGCAGAACAGAUCCAAGUCACGAGGAGGGAAAGCAGACAAACCACCUCCAGGACCUCCAGGGGUGCCACCAGGCAUGCCUCCGAGAGGACCACCUCGAGCACCACCACCCGGACCACCAGGUGCACCGCCUCCAGGACCUCCGUCCGGUGGACCUCCUCCUCGACCUCCAGGCUUCCCUGGUCCUCCUAUGAACAGACCUCCACCUCCCGGCAUGCAAGGUAUGAGACCCCCCGGUGGUAUGCCUCCAGGAGUAAGACCGCCUGGUGUCAGACCCCCACACUUUAGCGGACCAAUGCAUUCUAACAACCAACCUGGACCACCUGGCCUAACAGCCCCACCAGUCAGGCCUCCUAACAUGGGCCCUGGUCCUCCUGGUAACAUGGACGUGAACAUGGCCCCUCCUGGAUGAGACCUAACUUCAUGGGCCCUCCUGGUAUUAGGGGCCCUCCUCCUGGAAUGAGACCUCCAGCUAGCAGCGGACCUCCCGGUAUCUCCAACCCUCCAGGGGUUCCUGGUCCUGAUAACGAAGAUAGUCCAGGAAGUGUCCCUCUGCCCGGGAUGCAACGUCAACCUAACCAGAUGGCAGAGUUUCCAACUCGUAGAGGUGCUCACCAUGACAACCAGGAGUUCAACACCGAGGACUACUAGUUUACAAGUCAGAGUGGAGGGACCUAGCGGGGUGGGCCCCCUACAACCUCCCCCUCAACACCUCCUCCAACCAGGCCGCUAAACUUUACGACGCUGCCCUGGACCAGCUCGCUUACUACUACAAUGACCCUGUGUUAGAUGGCGUGGGAGAGACUAUGGUGAGGAUGCUUGCGGAGGAUCCGAGUUUUGUGGCGGGAAACCUGCUGAAACACAGCAUGGAGUUGUUUGGGAGUAACAGUGACCCAGCUAGGGUUAGGUUUGAUGAGUAUUGUGGGACACUAGAUAUGGCGGGGCUGAAUCAUUGGGAAACAGAACAUAUUGCUGCUGUUAGGUGUUUUUACAAAGAGGAUCUGAUCGGAGCUAUGGAGAAAUACUCUGCUAUUUCCCGUCAAUACCCCUACGAUCUACACAGCUUUAAUUUCGGGUAUGUCCUGGGUUUGAUAAACGGUAAAACCUCCUACCUCAGAGACGUACCACUUGGCGUGGUAGAACGAUACAAACCCCACAUGCCCCAUUAUGGGCUAGUGCAUGGUAAACUGUGUUUUGGGCACGCUGAGAUGGGUGAGUAUGAGGAGGCUAAGCGGUGUGGGGAUAUCGCUCUGGAGGCAUUUCCUCUUGAUUCGUGGGCUGUACAUGCUAUGGCGCACACUUACGAGAAUCAGUCGAAACCGAAAGAGGUUGUGAAAAUGUUGGAUGAGACUUCCAAACAUUGGACUCGAGGAGUUUGUUUCAGUCAGCACAUUCACUGGCACCAAGCCAAUGCCCAUACCCAACUGGGUGAGUAUGAAGCUGCCCUCACUAUCUACGAUACGCACGUGGGACACUGUGCUAGGGGAGGCGAUGUGUUCCCUCUGUCUGACGCUAGUUCUCUGCUAAUGAGGUUAAAGGUAGACGGUCAAAAGACGGGUGGGAGAGAGGAAAUACUGGCUGAUCUGUGGUCACAACACAACGAUGAGUUCACCUCUUUGUUCUACGACGGACACUCCGCUAUCGCAGCCGCAAUGGUGGGUGACACCUCCAGUCUGGAUACCUUACUGGAGAAUAUGAGGGAGUUUGUAGCGGGAGAUAGAAGUGGAUGGAACAAGGUUGUAACCUCUACACACGGAGUAGAGCUGGUGGAGGGGAUCAGACUGAUGAGUGGUGGAGACUACACUGCUGCUACAGAUAAACUCCUGCUCUGUGUUCCUGGUGUUAUCAAGAUGAUGCACGGGUCUAAAGCACAGAAGAGCAUCUUCUCUAUAGUGCUGAUGCACUGUGCACUGUUAUCAGGGACGACUGAGCACCUGUGCGCGGCGGAGCAGCAUAUGAAGGAGCUGAUGGCAUGGAACAAAGUGUCGACUUUGCCGCCGUUACAGCAGAGGCUCUGGGAUAAGAUUCAGCUGCAGCAUUCAAAACAUUGAGUUUAAGUCUGGUUAUCUGCCUGUUGGGUUAUACUCCUGAUAAAGGCACUAUUGGAAUUAGUUCUGUAAUCUUGGGUAGAAUUUUUCUGAUUUGUUGCGUUAUUUUUUUAUGCAUAUAUAAUAAAUAUAUAUGCUUUUAUGAUGAGCAUUAGUUUUCAUGUAAGGAGUUGAGAUUAACUUCUUACAAACUUUAAAUUGCUGUAAAAUGCUGAUUAAAGCUUUUUCACCUAUAAUAUUAAAUGUAUGAUAUUUUAUUUCGAUUGAUUUUUAGACUGUUUAUUUGAUUUUCAAUCAUAUUUAUGAUUAAAUGGAAUCCUAAUGUUUGCAUGCAAUAUUUUAUAAAUGAGUAAUAGUAGGUUGAUUUGCAGAAUUAAUGUACAUACUAACUAUUCGUUAUUAGUUAUUCAAUUUUUAAAA